ACGCUGGGCGCACGACGCUGCUGGGAAGCCGAAGACGCGGCCGCACGCGGCGGACACGCGCGGAGCACGCUUCUUUCAUUCGCGUACGGGCGCCAGAGAGGCCGAUCCGCGUCGAGGAAGGGUUCUAGGCGCGCCGUCUCCUCGGCCUCGUAUAUCACACGCGAUGCACCCGCCCGCCGCGCUCUCGCCUCCGCCCCUUCACCCGUCACAUUCCCCUCACAUGGCCCUCAGCUGGAACGACAUCUUCGACUUCUCAUCUCUCGACGAGCCCUCCACCCCACCCCCCGCCUUUGAUCCUACACAACGCGACAUAUGCUCAGACUUCUCGUGUUGCGGGCUGUCCCUCCCGGACUUGCACGCCCUCGUCGACCACUUCGAGGAACACCACGUCGUCAUGAACGGUCGUCCGACAUGUUCGCCACUCGUGCUCAGCUACCCACAACCUGACCCACCCGCGGAGCCCUCCUCGCUCUUCGGUGCCUCCUCGCCCUUCGCCUCCGCGACCCACCCGCACCUGUACCCGCACCCCGACGGCUUCGAGCACGACUUCUCCGACGGCACCUCCGACUCCGCGUCCUACUCCUCCGGCUCGACGCUCCCCUCGCCCAACCCCAGCGAGCCCAUGUGUCUCCCGCCCUCCCUCCUCACCGUCCACCCGCCACUCCCACCAGACGUCCUCCCACCGCGUCAACCGGCGAUCGAACGCCACAAAGAUCAGCGCCCCGCGCAUCGCAAGCCCGCAUCGGCGUCCACAAAGCAGAAAGCGUCCAAGGCGAAGGCUCAGUUGCUGGGCGCGGACCACCAUCCGCACAUCCAGCCACACGCGCCACCCGCGGAGACGCACAAGAAACGGCGCGCGCGCGAGCGCGAGAAGGCGUACAAGUGUCCCCGACCGGGCUGCUCGAAGGCGUACCUCAAUCCAAACGGGCUCAAGUACCACCUUGAGAAGGGGACGUGCACGAUCGUGCUGCCGCCCGAGCCAGCGCAGGCACCAUCGACGGGCGAUACGCCCCAGAGUUAGUCGCGCGCCUGCGCGUGCAUUGCUGCAACAGUGCCUGCUUCAGCCUGCAUCUUCGCCUCUGCCAUGCACCACGGCGCCAACCAAAAGUACUCCCUACCACUAGAGCUACCCUGUCCAUACACCCCAGCACGCUGCUGUAUAUCCCUGUACUCUACCUCUACUCCAGCCUUCUCCCACCGACAAUCCCCCGCCCCGCCCCGGUAUCCAUCACCUCUCCGCUUUCCCCUCGCGCAAGUGGCGCAGCCCAUAUCGUGUGUCGAGUGACGGGAUCCCCCGAGCUUCCAUGCAUGC